AUGCAUCACUCUUUCGAGACGCCACUCUUUCGCAGGACCGCAGUCCUCUCGGACCUUAUCGCCUUGGCAGGAGCAUUCCAUAUGGCCGUAAAAGAGGUGGUACCGCGGCUCCAGACGAAAGCGGUGGUUCCCUGGAGUCCGUCGCUGGAUAUCAACCUCUAUAAUGAAAUCCCGAAUCUGCUCAGCGUCAUCCGUGAACCGGACGACGCCCGAGAACUCGCGGAAAUACCCGUCACCCAGCCCCUAUCGAUUAAGGCGGACAUAGUCAAGCGCAAACUGCGCGCCCAAGACAUGAUGAUUAUGGACGCAAUUCGCGGCAUUGAACAGGCCGCCCAAAAGUGGUCGCCGCCGCUGUCCCAACUAACGAACAGCGUCAGUUCCCGCCUCACUCCCUUCCAGAUCCAGAAGCAAACUGAAGCAGUUCAAAAUGUCAUUGCUGCCAUUCACAGCGGAACAAAUCGGGAGCAAUAUUAA